UUUGUUUUUUCUUUACAGCAAAGUAUCCAGAGAUAAAAUCCUUGAUGAAACCUGAUCCCAGUUUGAUAUGGAUUGUUAUUAUGAUGGUUCUUAUGCAGUUGGUUGCAUUUUACUUAGUAAAGGACUUGGACUGGAAAUGGGUCAUAUUUUGGGCCUAUGCAUUUGGCAGCUGUGUUAACCAUUCAAUGACUCUGGCCAUUCACGAAGUUUCCCACAAUAGUGCCUUUGGCCACUGCAAAGCCAUGUGGAAUCGCUGGUUUGGAAUAUUCGCUAAUCUUCCUAUUGGUAUUCCAUAUUCAAUUUCCUUUAAGAGGUAUCACAUGGAUCACCAUCGAUACCUCGGAGCUGAUGGCAUCGAUGUGGAUAUUCCGACCGAUUUUGAAGGCUGGUUCUUCUGUACCACUUUCAGAAAAUUCAUGUGGGUCGUUCUUCAGCCUCUCUUUUAUGCUUUCCGACCUCUGUUCAUUAACCCCAAACCAAUCACUUACCUGGAAAUUAUCAAUACCGUGGUCCAGCUCGUGUUCGAUGUUGUAAUUUACUACGUUUUGGGAAUUAAGUCUUUGGUCUACAUGUUGGCAGCAUCCUUACUUGGUCUAGGUUUGCACCCGAUUUCUGGACAUUUCAUAGCUGAACAUUACAUGUUCUUAAAGGGACAUGAAACCUACUCAUAUUACGGGCCUCUGAAUCUACUCACCUUCAAUGUGGGUUACCAUAACGAGCACCAUGACUUCCCCAACAUUCCUGGAAAAAACCUUCCUCUGGUAAGGAAAAUAGCAGCUGAGUACUAUGACAACCUCCCUCACUACGAUUCUUGGAUAAAAGUGCUGUAUGAUUUUGUGAUGGAUGAUACAAUCAGUCCCUAUUCAAGAAUGAAGAGGCAUCAAAUAGGCAAGGUGGAGCUGGAGUAGCUGCCCUGUGGCCCGGGGAAUUCCUCUGAAACUUCACAGUAGCUGAUAACAGUGAAUUUUUGCAUUACUCAGCUAAGACCAGUGAUGUUUAGAAGCUACUGUCAUGCAGUUUGAAAGCCUGAUCCUCGUAGUAUCAAGAAGCUAACCUGGCUUUAAACAGCCUGUCUCACAGUGUUUGGCAUAACUCACAGGAAAUGUGUUCGUUGUAUUAUUGUUGAGGAUGUUUUCGCUGAUACCUGACAUUUUGUAAGCAUAUCGAAAAAAGCUUUUAAAAAGCGAUUUCUUGUCUAUUAUUUUCACUGUAAAGAUUUACUUUAUUAAAACAGCUAGUAACCUGAGCAGUUAAUCACAGUAAAUAGUAUUUAUCACAUUUUUGUACUUUACUGUAUAUAAGAGGAUAACCAGGGUGCUGGGGUGGGCUUACUUCAAAAUUUCACCAGAAAAAAAAAAAGCCCAGAAGUAUCUUUCGCUGCAAGCUGAAUGACUCAUUUUUAAUUUUUACUGUUGUACAUGGGACCUAAAUUAGACACUGCUGAAUCCUGCACAGCUUGUUGAUAAAUAAAGUACUUACUAACUAA